AUGACCAAUUUCACACUUGUAAUUGUAAUAUUGGCACUAAGUUGCUUUGAUUACAUACAUUUUAUUGUGGGCUCGCCGUCUCCAGGAAUAGCAGGAGGAGCGAUUGAUAAAGACUUCGUAAAUCUGCAUAAUGAACAUAGAACGAAAGCGAACUUAGCCAAUUACUCAUACGAUAUCGACGACUUGACCCUAGCAGCCUUGAACUUGUCAAUAAAUGCUUGCAAUCAAAAUAAAACGAAUAACACCUACAUCACCUCGGAUCACUCGUUUUUUGUCUACUGGGAAAACUCGACUUCGCUUUCGGCGAAAGAUGGCUCCGAAGCAAUCUUCGAGGAGCUCUACAAGAACGCGUCCAAUCUGUUCCAGUUCGCUGGAGGUAAGAGAGACCAAUACGGUUGCCAUGGCAACAACAUAAGUGAGAAAUUGGGUGACAGUAUAAACUUCACGUAUUUUGUGCUGAACAAGGGAUACACUCAAAUUGGGUGUCGUUUCCAGUCAUGCUCUGGGAGACAAGGAAACGAUACAUCUACAGGCGCUACAGGUACAACAACGACGACCACACCCACAGCUCCUCUGUAUCGAUUUGCGCUGGCUUGUGCCUACGGAUCCCUUCAAGACAGAGAAAUGUUUCAAGAUGACAACUUUCUGAGCCUUUGCAAAAAUGAGCCUCAAUACAACUGGAGCAGCUGCAACAGGCCGCUGCAAGAUGAAUGCGAGAGGGUGAGGCUGAACGCUUCGACAACAUCAUCAACAUUGAGUCCUUCCGGAGGUCAACCACACUCACCCUCUGGCCCUACGUCUUCUCAGGUCAGUACCACAUCUUCUGAUAACAAUAAUACGGCUUCAACGAUAACUCCUCCAGGUAACCAGACUACCACCAUGUCCCAAAACACAAACGGCCCGGGAAAUCAAACAUUGACAGGGACAGCACCCCCUGCAGCGACUAACACAACAACGGGAAACACAACAACUACCAUAACAAGCUCCCAUAGUGGAGGAACCGCUUCUAAUGGAACUGCUACUACGAAAUCAGUGACCAUGCCGACUGGACCAACAUCCAAUGGAACUGCUACUACAAAACAGCUGACCAUACCGACUGGACCAACAUCCAAUGGAAUUUCUACUACGAAAUUAGUGACCACUCCGACUGGGCCAACAUCCAAUGGAACUUCUACUACGAAACAAGUGACCAUACCGACUGGACCAACAUCCAAUGGAAUUUCUACUACGAAACCAGUGACCAUGCCGACUGGACCAACAUCCAAUGGAGCUUCUACUACGAAAACAGUGACCAUGCCGACUGGACCAACAUCCAAUGGAACUUCUACUACGAAACCAGUGACCAUGCCGACUGGACCAACAUCCAAUGGAACUUCUACUACGAAACCAGUGACCAUGCCGACUGGACCAACAUCCAAUGGAACUUCUACUACGAAACAAGUGACCAUGCCGACUGGACCAACAUCCAAUGGAAUUUCUACUACAAAACCAGUGACCAUGCCGACUGGACCAACAUCCAAAGGAACUUCUACUACAAUACCAGUGACCAUGCCAACUGGACCAACAUCCAAAGGAACUUCUACUACAAUACCAGUGACCAUGCCAACUGGACCAACAUCCAAUGGAAUUUCUACUACGAAUCCAGUGACCAUGCCGACUGGACCAACAUCCAAUGGUGUUUCUACUACAAAACCAGUGACCAUACCGACUGGACCAACAUCCAAAGGAACUUCUGCUACGAAAUCAGUGACCAUGUCGACUGGACCAACAUCCAAUGGAACUUCUGUUACGGUACCAAUAACCAGGCCGACUGGACCAACAUCCAAUGGAGUUUCUGGAAACACAACUAUAACUGGAAGUGCAACAAAAAUGCACACCACAACUGUAACUGGAAGUCCACCAGGAACCGGAAAGACAAACCUACCUGGAGGCCCGACUGGAAAUGGAAACACAUCUGCAACUGGAGGCCCGACAGGAAAUGGAAACCCAUCUGCAUCUGGAGGCUCACCAGUAACUGGAAAAACAAAUGCAACUGGAGGCACAACAGGAACUGGAAAAACAACAGUAACUGGAGGCCCAACUGGAACUAUGAACCCAAUUGUAACUGGAAGUCCAACAGGAACCGGAAACACAUUUUUAACUGUAAGUCCAGCAACAAAUGGAAACGCAACUGUGAUUGGAAUCACAUCUUUAACAAGAAACACAAAUCAAACUGGAAAUCCAACAGGAACUGCGAACACUUCUUUUUCUGGAGGCCCAACAGUAUCUGGAAAACCAAAUAUAACUGGAGGUACAACACGAACUGGAAAUACAACAAUAACUGGAGGAAAAACUGGAACUAGGAACCCAAUUGUAACUGGAAGUCCACCAGGAACUGGAAAAACGACUCUAACUGGAAUCCCAUCAGGAACGUUGAGCUCAAACGUAACCGGAGGUACAUCAGUACUUAGAAAUACAACUGCAACUAGUAGUACAACUGUAUCUGGAGGUACAACAGGAACUGGGAAUACACCUGUAACUAGAAGUCCAACAGGAACAGGAAACACAAUUCUAACUGGAAGCCCAUCAGGAAAUGGAAACCCAAACGUAACUGGAGCCACAACAGGAACUGGAAAUACAACAGUAACUGGAGGCUCAACUGGAACCAGGAACCCAAACGUAACUGGAAGUCCAACACGAACCAGAAACACAACUUUAACUGGAAGCCCACCAGGAAAUGGAAACCCAAACGUAACUGGAGGUCCAACAGGAUCGACAGGGACAACUCUAACUGGAAGUCCAACACGAACCGGAAACACAACUUUAACUGGAAGUCCAACAGGAACUGGACUCACAACUGUAAUUGGAAGCACAUCUUUAACAAGAAACCCAAAUGCAACUGGAGGCCCAUCAAGAACUGCAAACACUUCUUUUUCUGGAGGCCCACCAGUAACUGGAAACCCAAUUGUAACUGGAAGUCCAACAGGAACUGGAAACACGGCUCUAACUGGAAACCCAUUAGGAACGUUAAGCUCGAACGUAACUGGAGGUCCACCAGGAACUGGAAUUACAACUGUAACUAGCAAUACAACUGUAACUGGAGGUACAUCAGGAACUGGGAACACAACUAUAACUGGAAGUCCAACGGGAACUGGAAUUACAAUUCUAACUGGAAGCCCACCAGGAAAUGGAAUUCCAAACGUAACUGGAGGUCCAACAGGAUCGGCAGGGACAACUCUAACUGGAGGCCCGACGGGAAGUGGAAAACCCUAUGCAACUGUAAGCCCGACAAGUAAUGUAAACGCAUCUGCAACUGUAGGCCCGACGGGAAAUGGAAACCCAUCUUCAACUGUAGGCCCCACUGGAAAUGUAAACCCAUCUUCAACUGUAAGCCCGACGAUUAAUGGAAACCCAUCUUCAACUGUAAGCCCGACGGGUAGCGGAAGCGCAUCUGCAAUUUUUGGCCCGACGGGAAAUGGAAACCCAAGUUUAACUGUAAGCCCGACGAGUAAUGGAAAUGCAUCUGCAACUGUAGGCCCGACGGGUAGUGGAAGUUCAUCUGCAACUGUAGGCCCGACUGGAAAUGUGAACCCCUCAUCAACUGUAAGCCCGUCGAUUAAUGGAAACGCAUCUUCAACUGUAAGCCCGACGGGUAGUGGAAGCGCAUCUGCAACUUUUGGCCCGACGGGAAAUGGAAACCCAUCUUCAACUGUAAGCCCCACGAACAAUGGAAAUGCGUCUGCAACCUUAGGACCGACGGGAAAUGGACACCCAAAUUCAACUGUAAGCCCGACGAGUACUAUAAAUCCAUCUGCAACUGUAGGCCCGACGAAUAAUGUAAGCUCAUCUGCAACUCUAGGCCCAACUGGAAAUGUAAACCCAUCUUCAACUGUAAGCGUGACAAGUAAUGGAAACUCAUCUUCAACUGUAAGCCCGACGAAAAAUGGAAACGCAUCGGCAACUGUAGGGCCGACUGGAAAUGGAAAUCCAUCCUCAACUGUAAGCCCGACAAAUAAAGGAAACCAAUCUUCAACUGUAAGCCCGACGAGUAAUGGAAACGCAUCUGCAACUGUAGGCCCGACUGGAAAUGGAAAACAAUCUUCAACUGUAAGCCCAACGAGUAAUGGAAACGCAUCUGCAACAGUAGGCCCGACGGUUUAUGGAAGCGCGUCUGCAACUUUAGGCCCGACGGGAAAUGGAAACCCAAAUUCAACUGUAAGCCCGACGAGUAAUGGAAACGCAUCUGCAACUGUAGGCCCGACGGGAAAUGGAAACCCAUCUUCAACUGUAAUCCCGACGAAUAAUGGAAACCCAUCUUCAACUGUAAGACCGACGAAUAACGGAAACACAUCUGCAACUUUAGGCCCGACGGGAUAUGGAAACCCAACUUCUACUGUAAGCUCAACGAGUAAUGGAAACGCAUCUGCAACGGUAGGACCGACGGGAAAUGGAAAACCAUCUUCAACUGUAGGCCCGACGGGAAAAGGAAACCCAUCUUCCACUGUAAGCCCGACGAGUAAUGGAAGCGCAUCUGCAACUGUAAGCCUGACGGGAAUUAGAAACUCAUCUUCAACUGUCAGCCCGACGAGUAAUGGAAACCCAUCUUCAACUGUAAGCCCGGCGGUUAAUGGAAGCGCAUCUGCAACUGUAGGCCCGACAGCAAUUGGAAACCCAUCUUCAACUGUAAAACCGACGAGUAAUGGAAACGCAUCUCCAACUGUAGGCCCGGCGGGUAGUGGAAGUGCAUCUGCAACUGUAGGCCCGACGACAAUUGGAAACCCAUCUUCAACUGUAAAACCGACGAGUAAUGGAAACGCAUCUUCAACUGUAAGCCCGACGAGUAAUGGAAACGCACCUGCAACUGUAGGCCCGACGGGUAAUGGAAGCACAUCUCCAACUGUAGGCCCGACAGGAAAUGGAAACCCAUCUUCAGCUGUAAGCCCAACAAGUAAUGGAAACGCAUCUGCAACUUUAGGACCGACGGUAAAUGGAAACCCAUAUUCAUUUGUAAGCCCGACUAGUAAUGGAAACGCAUCUGCAAGCUUAGGCCCGACGGCAAAUGGAAACCCAUCUUCAACUGUAAGCCUGACAAUUAAUGGAAACGCAUCUGCAACUGUUGGCCCGACGGGUAAUGGAAGCGCAUAUGCAACUGCAAGCCCGACGGGAAAUGGAAACCCAUCUUCAACUGUAAGCCCGACGAGUAAUGGAAACUCAUCUGCAACUUUAGGCCCGACGGCAAAUGGAAACCCAUCUGCAACUGUAAGCCCGGCGGUUAAUGGAAGCUCAUCUGCAACUGUAGGCCCGACGGGAAAUGGAAACCCAUCUUCAACUGUAAGCCCGACGAGUAAUGGAAACCCAUCUGCAACUGUAGGCCCGACGGUUAAUGGAAGCGCAUCUGCAACUGUAGGCCCGACGGGAAAUGGAAACCCAUCUUCAACUGUAAGCCCGACGAGUAAUGGAAGUGCAUCUGCAACUGUAGGCCCGACGGUUAAUGGAAGCGCAUCUGCAACUGUAGGCCCGACGGGAAAUGGAAACCCAUCUUCAACUGUAAGCCCGACUAGUAAUGGAAACCCAUCUGCAACUCUAGGCCCGACGGGUAAUGGAAACCCAUCUGCAACUCUAGGCCCGACCGGAAAUGUAAACCCAUCUUCAACUGUAAGCCCGACGAGUAAUGGAAACCCAUCUGCAAAUGUAGGCCCGACGGGUAAGGGAAGCGCAUCUGCAACUGUAGGCCCGACCGGAAAUGUAAACCCAUCUUCAACUGUAAUCCCGACGAGUAAUGGAAGUGCAUCUGCAACUGUAGGCCCGAAAGGUAAUGGAAGCGCAUCUUCAACUUUAGGCCCGACGGUAAAUGGAAACCCAUCUUCAUUUGUAAGCCCGACUAGUAAUGGAAACGCAUCUGCAACUGUAGGCCCGACGGUUAAUGGAAGUGCAUCUGCAACUGUAGGCCCGACGGGAAAUGGAAACCCAUCUUCAACUGUAAGCCCGACGAGUAAUGGAAGUGCAUCUGCAACUGUAGGCCCGACGGGUAAUGGAAACCCAUCUGCAACUGUAGGCCCGACGGGAAAUGGAAACCCAUCUUCAACUGUAAGCCCGGCGGGUAAUGGAAGCUCAUCUGCAACUGUAAGCCCGACAAGUAAUGGAAACGCAUCUGCAACUUUAGGCCCGACUAGUAAUGGAAACCCAUCUGCAACUGUAGGCCCGACCGGAAAAGUAAACCCAUCUUCAACUGUAAGCCCGACGAGUAAUGGAAACGCAUCUGCAACUGUAGGCCCGACGGGUAAUGGAAGCGCAUCUCCAACUGUAGGCCCGACGGGAAAUGGAAACCCAUCUUCAGCUAUAAGCCCGACAAGUAAUGGAAACGCAUCUGCAACUUUAGGCCCGACGGUAAAUGGAAACCCAUCUUCAUUUGUAAGCCCGACUAGUAAUGGAAACGCAUCUGCAACUUUAGGCCCGACGGCAAAUGGAAACCCAUCUGCAACUGUAAGCCCGGCGGGUAAUGGAAGCUCAUCUGCAACUGUAGGCCCGACGGGAAAUGGAAACCCAUCUUCAACUGUAAGCCCGACGAGUAAUGGAAAAACAUCUGCAACUUUAGGCCCGACGGCAAAUGGAAACCCAUCUUCAACUGUAAGCCCGGCGGGUAAUGGAAGCUCAUCUGCAACUGUAGGCACGACGGGUAAUGGAAGCGCAUAUGCAACUGUAGGCCCGACAGGAAAUGGAAACCCAUCUUCAACUGUAAGCCCGACGAGUAAUGGAAACGCAUCUGUAACUUUAGGCCCGACGGCAAAUGGAAACCCAUCUUCAACUGUAAGCCCGGCGGGUUAUGGAAGCUCAUCUUCAACUGUAGGCCCGACGGGAAAUGGAAACCCAUCUUCAACUGUAAGCCCGACGAGUAAUGGAAACGCAUCUGCAACUUUAGGCCCGACGGCAAAUGGAAACCCAUCUUCAACUGUAAGCCCGGCGGGUAAUGGAAGUUCAUCUGCAACUGUAGGCCCGACGGGAAAUGGAAACCCAUCUUCAACUGUAAGCCCGACGAGUAAUGGAAACCCAUCUUCAACUGUAAGCCCGGCGGGUAAUGGAAGCUCAUCUGCAACUGUAAGCCCGACAAGUAAUGGAAACGCAUCUGCAACUUUAGGCCCGACGGUAAAUGGAAACCCAUCUUCAUUUAUAAGCCCGACUAGUAAUGGAAACGCGUCUGCAACUUUAGGCCCGACGACAAAUGGAAACCCAUCUUCAACUGUAAGCCCGACAAGUAAUGGAAACGCAUCUGCAACUUUAGGCCCGACGGUAAAUGGAAACCCAUCUUCAUUUAUAAGCCCGACUAGUAAUGGAAACGCGUCUGCAACUUUAGGCCCGACGACAAAUGGAAACCCAUCUUCAACUGUAAGCCCGACAAGUAAUGGAAACGCAUCUGCAACUUUAGGCCCGACGGUAAAUGGAAACCCAUCUUCAUUUAUAAGCCCGACUAGUAAUGGAAACCCAUCUUCAACUGUAAGCCCGGCGGGUAAUGGAAGCUCAUCUGCAACUGUAGGCCCGACGGGUAAUGGAAGCGCAUAUGCAACUGUAGGCCCGACGGGAAAUGGAAACCCAUCUUCAAUUGUAAGCCCGACGAGUAAUGGAAACCCAUCUGCAACUGUAGGCCAGACGGGUAAUGGAAACCCAUCUUCAACUGUAAGCCCGGCGGGUAAUGGAAGCUCAUCUGCAACUGUAAGCCCGACAAGUAAUGGAAACGCAUCUGCAACUUUAGGCCCGACGGUAAAUGGAAACCCAUCUUCAAUUGUAAGCCCGACGAGUAAUGGAAACCCAUCUGCAACUGUAGGCCAGACGGGUAAUGGAAACCCAUCUUCAACUGUAAGCCCGGCGGGUAAUGGAAGCUCAUCUGCAACUUUAGGCCCGACGGGUAAUGGAAGCGCAUAUGCAACUGUAGGCCCGACGGGAAAUGGAAACCCAUCUUCAACUGUAAGCCCGACAAGUAAUGGAAACGCAUCUGCAACUUUAGGCCCGACGGUAAAUGGAAACCCAUCUUCAUUUAUAAGCCCGACUAGUAAUGGAAACCCAUCUUCAACUGUAAGCCCGGCGGGUAACGGAAGCUCAUCUGCAACUGUAAGCCCGACAAGUAAUGGAAACGCAUCUGCAACAGUAGGCCCGACGGGUAAUGGAAGCACAUCUCCAACUGUAGGUCCGACGGUAAAUGGAAGCCCAUCUUCAAUUAUAAGCCCGACUAGUUAUGGAAACGCGUCUGCAACUUUAGGCCCGACGACAAAUGGAAACCCAUCUUCAACUGUAAGCCCGACAAGUAAUGGAAACGCAUCUGCAACUUUAGGCCCGACGGUAAAUGGAAACCCAUCUUCAUUUAUAAGCCCGACUAGUAAUGGAAACCCAUCUUCAACUGUAAGCCCGGCGGGUAAUGGAAGCUCAUCUGCAACUGUAAGCCCGACAAGUAAUGGAAACGCAUCUGCAACUUUAGGCCCGACGGGUAAUGGAAGCACAUCUCCAACUGUAGGACCGACGGUAAAUGGAAACCCAUCUUCAUUUAUAAGCCCGACUAGUAAUGGAAACCCAUCUUCAACUGUAAGCCCGGCGGGUAAUGGAAGCUCAUCUGCAACUGUAAGCCCGACAAGUAAUGGAAACGCACCUGCAACUGUAGGCCCGACGGGUAAUGGAAGCACAUCUCCAACUGUAGGACCGACGGUAAAUGGAAACCCAUCUUCAUUUAUAAGCCCGACUAGUAAUGGAAACCCAUCUUCAACUGUAAGCCCGGCGGGUAAUGGAAGCUCAUCUGCAACUGUAAGCCCGACAAGUAAUGGAAACGCAUCUGCAACUUUAGGCCCGACGGUAAAUGGAAACCCAUCUUCAUUUAUAAGCCCGACUAGUAAUGGAAACCCAUCUUCAUUUAUAAAAUCGACUAGUAAUGGAAACCCAUCUUCAACUGUAAGCCCGGCGGGUAAUGGAAGCUCAUCUGCAACUGUAGGCCCGACGGGUAAUGGAAGCGCAUAUGCAACUGUAGGCCCGACGAGUAAUGGAAGCCCAUCUGCAACUGUAGGCCAGACGGGUAAUGGAAACCCAUCUGCAACUGUAGGCCCGACAGGAAAUGGAAACCCUAUUGCAACUGUAGGCCCGACAGGAAAUGGAAACCCUAUUGCAACUGUAGGCUCGACUGGAGGCCCGACUGGCAAUGGUGCUACUACUACUUCAAUACCGAUCAAACCCCCAGGGGCUCCAGGAACAAAUCCGGGCCCUUCGCCUGGAAUUGGAGGAGACGAGGAUAUCGCUUGGAGUAUUUUGGAGAGUCUUCUGAGUGACCUGGACAAGGGCCAGGAUCCAAAUCCUGGCCAGGCUAACCCAGUUCCAGGCGGUGGAGGAAGCAAGCAACCGUCAGCAUCUUCUUCUUUCUGGGAUAAUGAAUGGACAUAUUUUGUGACGUUAAUUACAUUUGUCGUUCAAAUUAUAAAAAACUAA